UAGGUCAAAGAAAACUGUAUUUUAUCUGUGAUAAGCACGAAAACCUUCCGUUCCGACCAGUCGUGUUUAAAUACACAGACUCGGAUCUGGAGGGCGUGGCCGUGUUAGUGACGUCUCUCAUGUUUACGAGAAGCCACAGACAGUCAGCUGUUAGACCUUUAAACAGUGGACCAGAAACGUGUGCUGUAGUGUCACCCCAGACUGGGUGCAAUGGUCCUCUGUUACACAUGAGCUCUACUAUGUGGUACAUCAUGCAAAGCAUUCAGAGCAAAUACUCCCUGUCCGAGCGGCUCAUCCGCACCAUCGCAGCCAUCCGCUCUUUCCCACACGACAAUGUGGAGGAUCUUAUUCGAAAGGGGGCUGAUGUGAACCGGAUGCAUGGCACCCUCAAACCCCUGCACUGUGCCUGUAUGGUUGCUGAUGCUGACUGUGUGGAGCUGCUGUUGGAGAAGGGGGCAGAGGUGAAUGCUCUGGACGGAUACAACCGCACAGCUCUCCACUACGCGGCAGAGAAGGACGAGAGCUGCGUGGAGCUACUGCUGGAGUACGGGGCUCAGCCGAACGCCCUGGAUGGCAACAAGGACACUCCCCUUCACUGGGCCGCCUUCAAAGAUAACCCAGAAUGUGUGCGGGCUCUGCUGGAGAGCGGGGCCUGUCCCAACGCCUGGGACUACAACAAUGACACGCCUUUAAGCUGGGCGGCCAUGAAGGGCAACCUGGAGAGUGUCAAAGUGCUAUUAGACUACGGAGCACAGGUCCACGUGACCAACCUGAAGGGCCAGACCCCUAUCUCCCGACUAGUGGCCCUGUUGGCCCGGGGCCUGGGCACCGAACAGGAGGAAGAGUGCUUGGAGCUCCUGUGUCGAGCGGCGGGGCGGUUCGAGAUCCGGCGGGCUGACGGUACCCUCCCCAGGGAGCUGAGUAAAGAUCCCCAGCUGCUGGCGAGGCUGACCAACAUGGUGGCUCAAGCUCCCACCCUUCGCUCUCUGGCGCGCUGCGCCGUACGCCAGAGUCUGGGAGUGCAGUUCCUCCCCACUGCUGUAAAAGAGCUUCCUUUACCAGAGACCAUCAAAGACUAUCUACUGCUGAGGGACUGAUGCUGAAUCCGCGUAGGCGUUCGCAACCUCAGCGGCUGAUUAGUCGACAACUCUUAACACUGCGUUUAUUAGCAAGGAGGCGUCUACUUUGAAUUUUGGGAUAUUGUCUGACAGCGGCCCUCAUUUAUCCAACCGAUUGCAAAUUUAUGUGCUGGGAGACAAAAACAUUGCCUCUACACGGUCUAAUAGUUGCACAACGAGCAGUAAUUAAUUCACUGGAUUGACAGGUCUGAUCAUUUUGAUAUUAAUUAUCCCCAUUUUGCUGCAAAGCCCAGCCCAGAGCUCAAUAUGCUGUUAGUGCGGAAAGAAGCUGCUCUUCAUCUUCUAGAUCGUGUCCAGUCCUCCCAGUCUUCUAAAUUAUAAAUUUUAAGCUUGUGGAUUAUUUAUUUUUGUUGUUUGUUAAAUUUAUACAAAGUUUGGAUAUUGCUUUUAAAAAAUAAGUAAAAAAAAAAAUCAUGUUUGUCAGAGAGGGUGAGGAGAAGCUGAAUAUUGAGGUUAAACAUAAGCAUUAAACGUUGAGGUUUAUAAAUGAGGGCCAAUAACCAGGUACGCAGACUGUCAGAUGGUGCUGAUCCUGAAGUAACGCUGAGGAACAAAUGUAUGAAAGUAGGAUGUGUAAUAGUCGGAGUGGUCAUUUUUCUCUCAGUGACGUCCCAGUGAACUCCCCUUCAAAUGCCUACGGGGUAACUUUAAACAAAAACCACACUGUUGAAUAGAACAGAAAUGAUUGUGCCAGAUGGGAACAGUUUUUGUUUGUGUAGAUGCAGCGAAAGGUUGCUGAAUAUUAUUUACUGGUUUCACAGAUUUCUUUCACAAACCGUGCCAGGCACACUAACCAUGCCUCCUUCUAGUCUUCAAAGAAAAUGUCUGCUGUCACGUGACGAGUCAGUAUUUAGGUUGGUUUUAUUUUAGCGAUGUGUGCCGUUCCAGUUGCCAACGAGGAAUAAAAUGUUCGUUUUUAUAACAAUGGAUGUUUUCAGUCUUAACUUAACAAACGUUUAGGUUUUCAAGGGUGCUCACAGGUCCAAGUCUUUGCAGGAUACGUUUGACAGUGACUUUAUUUUAGAUGUUUAAAUGUUAGAACUGUGGAAUGGCAUGAUUACUAGGUUUUGUCCUUGAAAGAUUCACUAAAUGCAAAGUGUAAAUUUGUUUCUGUGCUUGACUUUGUUUGCUUGUUCUGUAUAAAAAAAUUAACCCCUUAGAUCAUGUCUAGUGCACAUCUGGCGAAGUGCUUUUUUUUUUCUUUGUAAACGUACUGCAAGUAAAUGCCUUUAUACUCCA